UGGCUGGCCAGCGCGGCAUGUUUUGGUCUCUACGUUCCGCUUAUGUCGCCAACUGGUGCUCCUGGUCGAGCAGUUGCCCCGCUCCGGUAACAAAGAGGAUGGCGUGGCUUCUUUUCUUGCAUGCUGGUUGUACCACCUUGUACUACUACAGCCACAACGAGUAGUACUAUUAGCAAAUCGAAAAUUUUUUCAAUAUUGCAACGACCUCAGAAGUUCAAGUUGUCCUGUGCCAUCGUGGUCAGCUCAUGUGCCAUGCACCCACAGAAAUUCUCUCGUCACAAUCUCGGGCAACGCAUCUUAUUUCGCAUCCGCCGGUCCGGAGCCUGGUACAACCGCGCACCUGCGGCAGAAGUGGCGGAUUUUUUCCAACAGUCCCCGGCGGAGAUCAUCAGAAAUUCUGGGAGCAGGUCCACUCCUCGCGACCACCUCCUCCACCACACAGCCGCAUUCAACGGGCCCAAAAACCGCGAGUGGCGGCGGAAAUGGCGGCAGCGCGCGAAGAAAGCCGCGGUGGGCGGCACCGUGCUCGCCAUCGCGCUGGAAGCCCACAAUCUUUAUGCACUGCAAAAACGUCUGCGUCUGGAAGGACGCGAACUUGUCAUGCUAAGUCUGCAUAGUACAAAAAUUUGCGUUGCAAGAUCACCAAAAGCUGUCCACUUUUGAACAAGUUUAGAGGCAGUUUGUCAUGCAGGAUAGGCAUGAAAGAGACCUCUCAGAACCUGUCAUGCUAGGUCCUGCAUUCCAGACCUUAUGGAGCAUGGAAAAUAUGCAUGACAAGCUUGCAAUCUCCCAGACAUCCAGGGAUAUUUGCGCUGUAUAAUCUUCUUUACGACACCAUGAUCACGCUCGAGCGGGGCGGCACGCGCGCCGCCGAGGUAUCGAAGAAAAAAACAUUGUUGGUGUAACUUUGUGAUGCACAACAUGCAAAGUCAUAUUGGCUGUCAUGCUGGGCAUCCAUGGUAAGGUCCAUUCAAUCGCGUUUUCACGUACAAUCUGCGCAUGACAGGUUUUUCCUCUCAUGCCAGACAAAGUUGUAAUGCUGUUCCUCCAAAAAAGUUACACUUACAAUCUUUUUUUCUUGGAUACGAGGCGGCCGAGGAAUACUUGCGGCAGUACGACUAUUCGGAGCAUCAAGAAGAUGGUCAGGUUUCUAAUGGUACACAGCACUCGCCCGGCCAUCAUGCUUCUCAACACCCGCCAGUCUGUAGCAGCUGCUGUGCCAUUGAAGAUAAUAUUUUAAACACACACAAUCACAAGAAAAUGAAUACAAAACUCACGCUCCUGCAACGGCACCAGCAGUCCGCGAAGCAGCGGGCCUGUUCCCAGGCGAGCCUCCCGGUGACCGAGAGCCAGACGGUAUCAAAUGUAAAAGUGUCUGGGUCUGGAAGAAUGCAACUUGUCAUGCUAAGUCUGAAGCAUCCAAAAAUCUGUGCUGCAUGAUUACCAAACGUCGUCCAGUUUUGACCAAGUCGGGAGGGAGUUUCUCGUGCAGGAUAGGCAUGAGAGAGAUCGCGCAGAAUCUGUCAUGCUAGGUGCUGCAUUCCAGACCUCAUGGGUCAUGAAAAAGCUGCAUGACAAAUCGCGCAUUCUUCCAGACCCAGACACUUUUACAUUUGAUAGACGGGCAACCUGGAACUCGACCGGAACGUGACGCGAUGGCUAUCAGAAGGAAAAAUCCCCCCUCCCCAUAUCGAAAACGAAAUUUGUGAUGCUGUGUUUGGGUACACAAAAUUGUGUUGCAGUAGAGGACUGUACGCAGAUCGUAAGCCUAGGUAAGGGCCUUUUGGUGUAGGCCCCUAGCACGGUAGACAGCUACCGUGUAGGCCUGGCAGCAUUACAAAUCGCCUGCAUAACGAACGCGGCGGACAGCCCGGGCGUGUCUUCUUGCAAGACAGACCCGACUUGUGCUCACGAAUCUGCAUCACAAAUUUUCAGGACGGCGCGCUUUCAAUAUGGGGUGGGAGGGGGGAUUUUUCAUUUUCAUAGUGGCGCGAAAAAAUCUUCGCGCGGGCGAGCGGCCGGUGUGUCGAGCUGGGGGCGGGCGGGUGCGGUGCGGUUUGGCGAAAUUUAGAGGUUAUCAAAUGUAAAAGUUUCUGGGUCUGGAAGAUUGCCAGGUUUGUCAUGCACAUUUUGCAUGACUCCUGAUGUCUGUGAUGCAUGCCCUAGCAUCACAGAGUCUGUGAGGGAUUCCUGAUGCCUAUACCGCAUGACAAAUGCUCUGUCCGUGUAGCAAAACUUGGACUCUCUUUGCUGCUCAUGCAAUACAGAUUUUUUUAGAAUCCAAAAUCAGCAUGACAAGUUGGAUUUUUCCAGACCCAGACAUUUUUACAGUUGGUAGAGGUGUUUCAGAAGUGGAACCGCAUUGAGGAGUUGGUUGUCGUGGACGGGAACAGGAAGCAGUUGGAACAUCUGUAUGCUAUGUAAAAACGCCCCCACCCCAGAGUUGUCAUGCAAAAAUGCAUGCUCAGAAUGUUUCUCAUGCGGAGCCCCAGGAGAAGCGAUUCCUAGUCGUGUUGUGGAAUUCGUAAUGCUCCAAUCAGCAUAAUAGGCUAGAUUUGCGAUGCUUCUGAACGAGCUGAACAGGAUUACACUACAAGGCCAAAAAUCUUGUCAUGCGCAACAGCCUAAGCUUUUUGAGUUGUCUAGCAGAUUUCCCAGCUUGCCUAUGGGGCGGGGAGGCGGUCUUUACUCAGGAUAGUCUGAAGCAGUUGUUUCGUAACGAUUUUUCUGACCCUUCGCCGAUGAAGAAGAAGAACUCUAGUGAGAGCAGGAGCUGCAGGGAAAUAUUAAACACGUCUACUUCAUCUGCUCGUCCGGAGCUCGCCGUCUUGCAGCCCGGGACGACAAGCGAAGGAGGCUGCACUAGUACGCUUCUUCAGGAGCGGCCGACAGCCCCCUCGAGUGCGAAGAAGAAGAAGAGCAAUUUCAGGGUGCAAUUCGUGCGUGCAGACGCGGCAGCUGUGCAGAAAAAAGAGCUCCUGAGAGAAGUUGUAAAUGACCUGCACCAUCGAUCCACCGUCGAUCGUCCCAAUUUCGAUACCGUGUGCUGCUCCUUUCUCCUGUCCUAUUCCGAAUUUCCGGAGCAGAUCCUUCACAAUGCGGCGGCUCUGUUGGAAGAGGACGACCAGACGAGGGCCCCCAGCGAAAAAAAAAUUCUGCUGCUCGAGCGGGGCCGGAGCAGCUAUGGCUUGAUUCGCUGGCUCACCCGGAGAAGCCACCUCGCGAGUGAGGUAGGGAGUGAGGCACGGGUCAGUAGUGAUUUUUAUCUCAAUUGUUAUAGUGCUGUGAUCAGCUACAGCUACUGGAUUUUAACUUCCUCGAUACACAGAAUCUCGUACAAGAGAUUGAAUCUCAUCUCCGCAGGUGAGGGGUGCUUGGACUAAUGGACGCUGUGUACUAGCUGAAGAAUAUCUUUCUUAAUGACAAUAGCACAGUGACAGUUGUGAAUGUGAUCGUGGUCACACGACUUACGUUCCCACUCCAUAACCUGCUUCGGGCGACGAGGCAGGGGGCGAGAGUGAAGUGACGGAGUUUGGGGAGACGGUUCGGAUGGACGUCCUGAAGGUGGUGCGUGACUUUGUGGACCGGCAAAGGCGCACUCUCGGGGCCGAGUGGAGCGUGAACGUCACUACGCGGGGGAUGGGGCACUUUUACCUGGUCGAGCUGAAGAAACAGGAACGGCGCGACGGCGUUGCCGCGGCAGGCCCUUGUAGUGAAGCAGACGAUGCAGGAAAUUAUGCAGCUGAUAAUUUUUGUAAGAGAACUAGUACGGAAGCAGAAGCAGUGGCUCUUUCAGGAACAAGGUCGUCCGCCUUAUCUUUUGUCACCCUAACAGAGGAAGCGAUAGCUGAAAUGGAAAAGACGAAUGAGGUAGUGGAAAAGUACCACUAUGACAAGUUGAGCAGAGCAUGAGCUGACUAGAAUCUUCGGAGAGGAAAUAAAUAUUGGCUCGCUGGAUCGUAAAAGAUUUUAUCUGCACGGGAGGUGAAGCUGCUUGAUAG